CUUCUCUCUCUCUUAACCCUUUCUUCUCUCUGCAACAUUUGCUGAGGAACCCUUUGGGUUUUUUUUCUCCUCCCCAUUCCGCGUCUCUCUCUCUCUAAGCCUUUGGGUCUCCGAUCCUCGUUACCUGAUUGUUCUUUAUAGAUAAACUGCAAAUGGGGAGUAAAGGCCGGAUACCUCCUCACAUGAGGAGGCCUCUUCCAGGACCAGCAAUGAUGCACCCUGACCCAUUUGGUCCGGGUCUUCGCCCCCCUUUUGAUAUGUUACCACCACCUGAACUCAUGGAACAAAAGCUUGCUGCCCAACACGUGGAAAUGCAGAGGCUAGCCAAUGAAAACCAGAGGCUUGCAGCCACCCAUGCGGCUCUUAGACAGGAGCUUGCUCUGGCCCAACAAGAGUUGCAGAGGCUUCAGUCUCAUAUUGGAGCCAUGAAAGCUGAGAAAGAGCAGCAAAUGAGGGGACUCUUGGAUAAGAUAGGGAAGAUGGAGGCUGAUCUUCAAGGUAUAGAGCCUGUGAAAUCGGAGUUGAAGCAAGCUCAUACUGAAGCUCAGAGCUUGUUAUCUAUAAGGCAAGAUUUACUCUCCAAGGUUCAGCAACUGACUCAGGAUUUGCAGAGGACCCAUGUAGAGGUUCAGCAAGUGCCUGCUUUGAUCUCAGAGCUUGAUGGUCUCAGACAGGAUUAUCAGCAUUGCAGGGCUACCUAUGAUUACGAGAAAAAAUUGUAUAAUGACCAUGUCGAGUCGCUUCAGGUGAUGGAGAAGAACUAUAUGUCUAUGACAAGGGAGGUGGAGAAGCUUCGGGCAGAGCUAGCUAACGCCUCUAGCCUUGAAAGAAGAUCGAGUGGCGGCGCAACAGCAUAUGGGGGUGCAUCCGGAUACAAGGAGAAUGAGGCUACUGGAUUCCACCCUCUUGGGCAGAGCCCGUAUGGGGAUGGCUAUGGAGCUCCUCAGGCACGUGGACCACCACCCAGUAACACUGGCCCAUAUGGUGGAGCCAUGCCUAGUGGGCCUGCAUCUGGUCCUGGUGCGCCUGCUCGAGCUGCCUACGAUGCAACAAGAGGAGCAGCUGGUGCAUAUGAUGGACCAGCGAGAGGUGGGCCUGGAGCCCAAGCCCAAGCUACCCCUGGAAAUGGGCCCUCGUAUGGAUCGACACCCCCACCUAAUCGAGCUGGAGCUUAUGAGAUGCCACCACGAGGAGGUGGUGGCAACCCUCCUCGUAGGUAGGUAGAUAGAGAGAGAGAGGCUACCGAGGUUUGUCUUGAGCUCUUAACUACACAGGGGAUCUUCUGGUCAGAAGACUAUUUACACUUUUUUUUUUUUUCUUUUAUGCUUUCUUUCUUGGGUUGAGCCAUUGAUGGGGCUCUGUUUUGAAUUGGACUAUAUCUUAGUGAUGUAUUUGACUGAUUGGAGAGAGAGUAUGCGUAUCAGGGUAUAUUUGCGACUGAUU